AUGCCUCACGCCGACUCCUCCUACUUCGGCCCCAAUGCCUCCAAAGACGAGGUCUACACCCAGGUUCUAGAUCAAGCCCGCGGGCUGGUCUACGGCCAGCGCAACUGGGUCAGCAACUUCUCAAACGUCGCCUCCCUCCUCUGGCACGCCUACGCCGCCCUCCCCGCCCCAUCAUCAGCAGUCAACUGGGCCGGCUUCUACAUCCGCAGCGACAAAUUCCCUUCCAAGCCCGACAACACCAACCCUACCGCCGUGCGGAAACUCCUCCUCGGUCCCUUCCAAGGCCGUCCCGCAUGCCAGGAAAUCCGGUUUGGGAAGGGCGUCUGCGGCGCCGCGGCCGAGAAGCGCGAGACGGUGGUGGUGCCGGACGUGUUGGAGUUUCCGGGGCAUAUUGCGUGUGAUGCGAGUAGUCGGAGUGAGAUUGUGGUUCCCAUUCUUGUGGGUGGAGAGACUGUCGCGAUUAUUGAUAUCGAUUGUGCGGAGCCGGCUGGGUUUGAUGAGACGGAUAAAAAGUAUUUGGAGGAGUUGGCGGGCUUGUUGGCUGAAUUUUGUGAUUGGUAG